CCUCGAUGCUCGACCUGCAUGACCAUUAUUAUUAUUGCCAUACUUCUCAUACUCUCUCUGAAUGCUGGGGCUGUAUAGAUCUUGUUUCCACUGCAUGGUUCGGCCAUACUAACACCACGCUUUCCCACCCAGUUUGUCGCAUCGUGGCCCAGGAUGCACGCAACCGCCAACAGCGAGCAGGGAGCUUCGUCCGACGUCUCUCAGCCUAGACAGGUUGCAAGCUCACCACCCCGCUCCUUUCGAUCGUCUUCGCCCAGAGCAGAAUCGUUCCAGCGGGAAACAACGAUAGCACGCCUAGCUUCCCCCCUGCCAUCGACCUCUUUCACCGGAACUGCUUCGUCGGUAAGGUCGGGGCGGGGAACGCCAGCGCCGGCAGCUCAGAAUGAACAUCUUGCAGCAAUUGAAAAUAAGUCUUCUCUUCCUGGUCCAGGGCAGUCUGCGUUGGCCUCGGCGCUUCAAGAUACCAGCAAUACUUUCUCUCCUCAGCCAAGUACCCCAGCGAGACACUCACCAGUGCUGAAUAAUCUUGAGCAUCACCCAUCAUUAGACAGGAUUGCCCGAUCGAACUAUGGGUCAUUUGACUCUAGGCUCGUCGACGAGCCCGGACCUGAAGGUAGUCGUGGGGUUGAAGACCCCGAAGUCGUGAAGAGACAUUUAGUAUUGCCUCCCGAUAAUGACCCAUCUAGAGACUCGGAAUCCCAUAGUGAAAUUGGAAAUGGCAUGAAUGAGGAUGAGUUCUCGAGCUUGAGAUUACAGGGUGGCGAUGUAACACGACAAGUUUAUCGCUGGACCGAGGAUGCUGAAGCCCAAGCCUCUGGAUUGAGACGACCAACUCGAAGUAGAAGUUUCAAUCUCAAUCGACCUGAGCCUGAGAGCGAGACCGUGGACAUAAACUCCAUUCGUGUACCAGGUGGCUUUCGAAGAGACUAUUUGCGAAGAACAUUGGGAAGCCCCGGCCCACGCGGUGGAAUGCAAGAUAACGGACAGCAUGCCGUUUCAACACAGCCUCGAUUUCUCACAAGCAAUUUCCUUGAGUUCUUAACCCUGUAUGGACAUUUUGCGGGCGAAGAGCUCGAAGAAGAUGACGAGGCACUCGGGCCUGGUGAAUACUUUUCAUCUGAUACGUGGGAUGGUGACGAAGCCGAGCCCGGGGAGGACACAUCUUUACUACGCCCGGAAACGCCUGGUCGCAAGAAACGCAAACACAAAGAGCGAGCUCCGAAGGGAACAACUACCCCAAUGGGUGCUGCACUUCUUCUCCUGAAAUCGUUUGUAGGAACAGGAGUCUUGUUCUUGCCACGCGCAUUUCUAAAUGGAGGAAUGCUUUUUAGCUCCGUUGUCCUCCUUGUCGUUUCAAUACUGAGUUACUACUGUUUUAUUCUUUUGGUAAACUCUCGACUCAAGAUUGAAGGCUCUUUUGGUGACAUUGGGGGUGUCUUAUAUGGCAAGUGGAUGAGACGAAUUAUUCUAGGAUCAAUUGUACUCAGCCAGUUGGGGUUUGUGUCUGCGUACAUCGUUUUUACGUCACAAAACCUCCAGGCAUUCAUUCUGGCUGUCAGCAAGUGCAUGACAUAUAUCGACAUCAAAUUCAUGGUCCUGAUGCAGUUGAUCAUCUUCCUACCCCUAUCGCUGAUUCGGGACAUCAGCAAACUAGGAUUUACCGCUCUUAUAGCCGAUUUGUUCAUCAUGUUGGGUUUGAUUUACCUCUUUUAUUACGACAUAACCACGAUUGUUGACAACAAUGGAGUCUCUGAUAUCAUUCCUUUUAACGCGAAUUCAUGGACUCUAUUCAUCGGCACUGCUAUUUUUACUUAUGAAGGAGUGGGGCUUAUCAUUCCCAUUCAAGAGUCGAUGACGCAUCCUAGGAAAUUCCCACCAGUGCUUGCUGCUGUUAUGAUUAUUAUAACUGUCAUUUUCCUGUCAGCUGGUGCCGUCAGUUACGCAGCAUAUGGAUCUGCUACAAAAACAGUUGUGCUACUCAACCUGCCCCAGGACGAUAAACUCGUCAAUGCUGUGCAAUUCUUGUAUUCACUUGCAAUUUUGCUAAGCACGCCGCUACAACUUUUCCCUGCCAUUCGUAUCACCGAGAAUGAGCUUUUCACCCGCAGCGGCAAGUACAACCCGGGCAUCAAAUGGAAGAAGAACUUUUUCCGCUUCAUGCUUGUCAUGUUCUGUGCAUUCAUAGCCUGGGGCGGUGCAGACGACCUCGACAAGUUUGUUUCUCUGGUUGGCAGCUUUGCCUGCGUGCCACUUGUCUACGUCUAUCCACCUCUCCUUCAUCUCAAAGCCUGCGCAACAUCCCGCUCCCAGCGCAUUGCUGAUAUCACCCUGGCUGUGUUUGGUAUAAUCUGCUGCAUAUACACCACUUCCCUGACCAUAUAUAAUUGGAUUGCCGUCUCGACUCCACCGGCCCCUGGAUAUUGCGAUACUUAAUCUAGCACAACUACCUCAGCAACCUUAGAUUUUUGAUUGAUAUGUAUCUAUUUCCUCAUCUUUAGAAUGCGCCACCUCUAGCAUUUCAAUUUGGUCGCACUUUAUGCACUAAGCAGGACUUUCUUAAUUUCGGGCCAAAUAGACGUGAUUAUUCUUGCA